AUGGCAAGCCUGGCCAGCGCUAGCGAACGGACAGCUGCUAUCUACAUCCAGGCGGUAACGGCGUCGCCAGCGACACCCGUACCGCUCGCUGAGCUCCAAUUCGAUACACUCGCACCCUCUGAGGCCCAUGUCAUCACAUAUGAGGCGCCCGAGCUACCCGAUGAAACGAAGCUUGUGCGUGUCGGUGUCUACGACCCCGCAGCGAAGCAGUGGGCUUCGUCGACCUCCGUUGCGUCAAUAGAUAAUUUCGAAAAGGGAUAUUCACCAACCCUCAUUCUGUCGGUAGGGCAGUCUGGCGAGCCAAUCAGUGCGGCGGUCCGCGGCGUCAGGAUUGAUGCGGGACAAACGCGAGACUUUGGGCCGCAGGCGAUGGUCCUCGUGACUGCGGCAGGAAAGCAGCCCGAUCUGAAUAAGCCUGUCAUAUUGUCACCUGAGGGGAAGCAGGUUGUUCCAGAGGAGAAGACAAUGCUUCAGAAGUAUUGGUGGGUGAUAGCACUUGUUGUCUUGAUGAGUGUUGUAGGCGGCGGCGAUGAUAAGAAAUAA